AUUUAUUAAGAAUCUGAAUUUUCGUACUCGACCAGAUCGCAUUAUAAAUAUUUUUUAUGUAGUGACUUAUGUUUAUGAACACUCUAUUUUCUUUAUAGGCAUAGCAGAUCUAACCGUAUAUUAUCCGAAUUGUGUGUGGUGUAGGAGUUGAGGAAGAAGGGUCUACGUCAUGACAAACAUAAGCAAGUGAACGAUGGCAAAUGCAAUGAGUUGAACUUGGGUUUUUAAAGUUUGGGCUUUUCUUUAUGCCUCUUUGUAUAUAUGUGUUACUUAUAGCUCUUCAUGGGCUUUUUAAUAAAAUGAGAUGCCAAAAAAAAACUAAAGUUUGAUUAGUCAUAUAUCGAAUCUUGUGAGAGUUCGCUACAAGAAAAUCAUAAUAAUGUGACGAAAUUUAGUCACUACUUUCACAUCAUUAAUAUUCUACCACUUCAAAACUGGCGUUGCCAAUGCCACCAUAGUUUCAGUCUUUUAGACUCGUGAACACAACUAGAAGUUAUGAAAGUCGUAAAUACACAGCAUAACAGAGUGCCAAUUCUUGAAAAAUCAACAGAUCUAUUUAAUGAAAAACUAUAUUUUAAAAAGGGAUAGAAUUAUGAUACGUGUCACCUGGAUGCACUUGCUAAAACCCAAUCACGCCGACGUAGCAUAUGUCAAAGACGGUGCCUCGCGUUCCACGUGCGACUCAUAUGAUGAUUCCCACUUCGCUGAUAUGUCAGUCUAUUAUUUUGCAGUUUCCUCUUUGUGAGGUGAGUUUUGUCCCAUGCUGUGAAGAAUUAAUUUGUUAUACAAAAUUGAUGUUUUGGCAACAUAUGCUGUGUUAUCAGAUAAAACAAUAUGCUGUACGUUCAAAACACCAUAAAAGCUGUGUGUAACUUGCAUGCAAUAAUUUACGAUUAUACCAUCACAGUAUAUGUGUGAUGUGUCAACAAAUUACUGUUUCAUACGUAAACCUGGAUUAUUCAAAGUCAUAGGUGAUACGGAGAUUACAAGCAACCUUUCUGAAAAGAGAACGAUUUCCAAAAUGGCCUUUAACAUAACCGCCGUGAAAACCUCCUCUGACGGAGCAUGGCAAGGCGACAAUCCCUUGAACUUCGCCUUUCCGUUACUCAUCGUCCAAACGGCGUUAAUCGUCGCCGUCAGUCGCUCCCUCGGCCUCCUCUUCAAACCUCUCCGCCAACCGAAAGUCAUCGCCGAGAUAGUCGGAGGGAUUUUGUUAGGACCGUCAGCUUUAGGUAGAAACACGGCGUAUAUGCACCGUAUAUUCCCGACAUGGAGCAUGCCGAUACUCGAGUCCGUCGCGAGCAUAGGACUCCUCUUCUUCCUCUUCCUCGUCGGUCUCGAGCUAGAUUUAUCAUCCAUCCGCCGCACCGGAAAACGCGCUUUCGGAAUAGCAGCCGCCGGGAUCACACUCCCGUUUCUCGCCGGCGUCGGAGUCGCCUUUGUGAUCCGCAACACUCUCUACACCGCCGCCGAUAGAACCGGAUACGCCGAGUUUCUCGUUUUCAUUGGAGUGGCUCUCUCGAUCACAGCUUUCCCUGUGCUCGCGCGUAUCUUAGCUGAGCUCAAGCUUUUGACGACGCGGGUCGGAGAAACCGCGAUGGCUGCAGCCGCUUUCAACGAUGUAACCGCGUGGAUUUUGCUAGCUUUAGCGGUUGCGUUAGCGGGUAACGGCGGUGGGGAGAAGACGAGUCCGUUGGUGUCGUUGUGGGUUCUGUUAUCGGGUGUCGGGUUUGUUGUUUUUAUGUUGGUCGUGAUCCGACCCGGAAUGAAAUGGGUCGCGAAACGCGGAUCUCCUGAAAACGACGUCGUACGUGAGUCUUACGUGUGUUUGACUUUAGCUGGAGUUAUGGUUUCCGGUUUCGCGACCGAUCUAAUCGGUAUUCACUCGAUUUUCGGCGCGUUUGUUUUCGGUUUAACUAUACCGAAAGACGGAGAGUUCGGUCACCGAUUGAUUGAACGGAUUGAGGAUUUUGUCUCCGGUUUACUCUUACCGCUUUAUUUCGCGACGAGUGGAUUGAAAACUGAUGUGGCAAAGAUCAGAGGAGCUGAGUCGUGGGGGAUGUUGGGACUUGUCGUGGUUACGGCUUGUGCCGGCAAGAUUGUCGGAACUUUUGCUGCGGCGGUGAUGGUUAAAGUUCCGGCGAGAGAGGCUUUGGCACUUGGUUGCUUGAUGAACACGAAAGGUUUGGUGGAGCUCAUUGUACUCAAUAUAGGCAAGGAGAAAAAGGUGCUAAACGACGAGACAUUUGCGAUACUGGUGCUAAUGGCACUCUUCACAACGUUCAUUACGACUCCGACUGUAAUGGCCAUUUACAAACCGGCUCGUGGCACCAACCACAAACUAAGGGACUUGUCGUCUAGCGAAGACUCCACCAAGGAAGAGCUUCGCAUCCUCGUCUGUCUCCAUGGUCGAGCCAAUGUUUCAUCCCUCAUCUCUCUUAUCGAGUCCAUCCGAACCACCAAGAUACUGCGGCUAAAACUGUUCGUCAUGCACCUCAUGGAACUAACGGAACGAACCUCGUCAAUCAUAAUGGUGCAAAGAGCCCGUAAAGACGGAUUACCUUUCGUCCACCGUUACCGUCACGGCGAGUGUCACAGCAGCGUCGUAGGAGGUUUCCAAGCCUAUCGUCAAUUAGGCCGAGUCGCUGUCCGCCCAAUUACCGCAGUCUCUUCUUUACACACAAUGCACGAAGAUAUUUGCCACAUGGCAGAGACCAAAAGGGUCACAAUGAUCAUUUUACCUUUCCACAAACGAUGGAACGUUGAUCAUGGUCGUGGCCACCACCACCAAGACAGAGGAGAUGUAAACGUACCGGAAAACGUUGGCCAUGGUUGGAGAUUAGUUAACCAGAGGGUUUUGAAGAAUGUAUUAGCAACCUCAGUACGGACAGGCCCAAGACUCUGAAUGAAGCAAUCUUCAAGCCCAAGCCCAUUCCGAUUAUGACUGUGCCAAGUCAUCAAUCCUCUCCAACGGUUAUAUUGAGCAACGACAAAGACAUUAGCAUAAGAAGAGAAGAGAAGAGAAGAGGAAAGGAGAUUGUGACAUCAUGUACGGAACCGUGUGGUCCUGAGCUAUAUAACUCAUUCUCAGCCCUUGGAUCACUUGGAGAAGAAGGAUGAUGACAAGUGUUACAGAAGCUAGGGUUUUCACUUAAGUUUAUGUGUCUAUUUAAGCAUGUUGAUGAACAAUGUAGAACGGCAAGAAUUGAGAAAUAAUAAAAGUUAUAUUUUCAUC